AUGAUUGUUAGUGCCCACGGAGCCCCAACUAUGUUUUUUUUGUUUCUGUACUUUGCAUGCGCCUUGUCUCAGUAUACCACAACUUCUCUCUACUAUGAUCCAGCUACCACAGCUGCCUUAUCUUAUGAAUAUCAGACAACACGGGGAACCACGACUUCGCUCUACUAUGACCCCGCUACCACAGCUACCUCAUCUUAUGAAUAUCAGACAGCACCGGGAACUACAUCAUCGUCCUAUUCCGCUUCCUCUACGCAAUCCGGAUACCCUCACGACUCUUCGCAGUACUCCGAUAAGUCGUACCCUAGCGCACCCACAACCGAUUCCACCUACAGCACGCCUAUCGUGUCAACGCCAACGCCUACCAUCCAGCCUACUGAAGACCCUCCAACACCAACUACCGUGCCUAAGCCCUGGUACGAAACAACAGCCGGUAAAUGGGGCCUAGGUGCUGGUGGUACCAGCUGCUGCAUCGUGACAUGGUGUAUCAAAAUGCGUCACCGUAAAGGCGCAAGAAAGCGGUACGCAAAGCUCACCGAUAAGUAUGGUAACAACUGUCACGACGUGGUCAAUUGUGGGACAUGCUCGACUGGCUAUACGGGUGGUGGACAGGGUCUGCCAUUCUUGCACGACCCUUGUGGUACACCGAUCAACAUGACGUGGCAGCCACAGGCCCCGAACGGAGCGUGGCAGGAUGCAGCGUAG